AUGGGAACCAGAGGAGUUCUUGGGUUUAUCGUUGCCGCCAAGCGAAAAGCAUGUUACAACCAUUAUGAUUCCUAUCCUGACAGGUUAGGGGUACGAAUCGUCAUGUUCAUCUUGGCACUUACACCUGAACAAAGAUGGUCGAUGAUCGAGCGAUUGAAAGAGGUAAGCUCAACUACCAGUAUCCCACUGGAACAGUGCGAGGGUCUGAUAAGUACUCUCAUCUUAUGGAUCUUAUGGAUCGACGAAGAAUUUGAUUCACCACCUUCCGAAGAACUCAUCCAACACUACACUUCCAAAGACUUCCAUUUAGACUCGUAUGAAAAGGAGGACAAGCUGAAAUACCCUGCCGAGUUCGAACAUCGACGACGUACCCCCCACACUUGGUCUGAGCUCCUCAGAGGAAUGCAAGGUGCCCCCUGUCUCCCGCAGAUUAUCAGUGGCGAACUCAAGCAUCUCCUCGACCGAAACGGGUUUGAGUUCAACUGGCUUUGCUGCGAAUACGCCUACUGGAUCGAUUUCGAAAAUCAAACCUUUGAAAUGACGGUGGGUCAAGAAGGUAAAUGGAGUUUCAAUCAAUUGAGCGAAAAAGGAAGAUAUUGGCGAAGACUUGUGGACGAUGAAUUAUGGACGGAACGAUUGAUAGAACAAGGUAAGAAGAGCUUCACCGCUCAAGACAUGCUCGCGGGUCUCGAUAUCCUAUUGGCUCUUCCCAUCAUAUCGCCACCGAUCAGAUUUUUGAAGAAGAUGCUCACACUCAUACCACCGAGAUUCAAGAUCCCAACCAGGCCCCGGAUGCCGGAUUCCCCUAAGGAGAGUGGGACAAUGCCGGAUGGGGAGUUUUGCGAUAGCUUAGGUAACAACGUCACUCUUGUCAACUCGAAUACCAUGGACGCAUCGAUCGACGAUGCGGCACCAUCUCACGAUGACCAUCUAGCCGAUGGACGAGCUUGA